GAAGACGUAUCGCAUUCAGCCAAUGACAAAACAGCUUGUUGAGACGUAGGAACCCCGGACGAUGGAAAAAGGACACAAGCGUCUAAUAAUCAGAAGAAAAAACCUGUGUUCUGUUAUUUGUAUACAAAGGCAAAAUAAGUGACCUGUUCAAAACACCGAUUUUUUUAUUAUUCUCUUCAAAGUGGAUUUUUUGUUAAAACUCUAAACAUGAAGAAGAAAGUCAAUGCACCUCAUCAGACGAAAGUGAAAGAUAUCAGCAGCAAAGAAACUGCAUCUGACGGUGUGGCCAUUAACGACUGUUCACAGGAAAAGAGGCAUCUGAUAAUAUCCCAAACUGAUGGCUGCUUCUUGAAGUUCUUGAACGAAGACCGGCAGAAGCUGCCAUCACUCUGUGACAUAACCGUCACCGUCUGUGGGAAGAUGUAUCGGGCCCACAAAGUGGUUUUGGCUUUCGGCAGUGGCUUUUUUCAUGCCAAACUCAGCGAAAACCCUGAACUGCAGCAUGUUGUCAUUGAUAACAUCGAGGUCUUUAUCUUUGGACGUUUGCUCGACUUCCUGUACACGUCUGAAUUCGAAGUUCCAGAAAGCCAGAUUCCUGCUCUGUCCGAGGCUGCCUGUUUUCUGGAGAUGAUGGAAGCUGUAAAUCUGUUAGCAAAGUGGGCGACCCCAGCUCACGAUGAUGAAGAACGUGAUGUUCAGCAGGUCCCAGCGGAGACUCCGGACGUCCAGACUUCGACAGGAGGAGCUCAGUGCUCUUUCUGCAGUCGUAGCUUCUGCUAUAAGAAGUCUCUGGAGAAUCACCUGGCUAGGUCGCACAGCGCUGGUUGCCAAGUUGAGGACGAGCAAAACAUAGCAAGCACAUCUGUGGUCACCACCCGCAGAUCUGCCCGCCAGAGGAGGACCCCUGCUAAAUUUGAUGCUGAGGCCAGAAAGUCUGGUCCAAAAACUCCAAAGCAUGAUGCCGCCGCUUAUGAGGAGGAGGAAAGUGAGGAAGAGCAACAGUUUGAGCAGGAAGAGCAAAGUAGUAAAGACGGGCGAGAAGAAACGGUCGAGGAGGCAGAGUGUGAAGACGGUGAGAAGCAAGACGAGGAACAUGAGGCUGAAGCCCAGAAGGAAACCCAGCACAGCCAAGCUACGAAUGUGUUUCCAGAAGGACUGGCUCCCGUUGUGAUCCAGAGCGCUAACAAGAAGACUCUCAAGUGUCCCAAAUGUGACAAAACCUUUGAUCGCAUAGGUAAAUAUGAGAGUCACACCAGAGUACACACAGGAGAAAAACCUUUCCAGUGUGACGUCUGUCUCCAGUGCUACUCCACCAAAUCAAACCUCACCGUGCACAAGAAGAAACACGACAGUGAUGCGCCCGUCCAGAGGAAAGAGCACAAGUGUCCCUUCUGCAACAAACUGCAUGCCAGCAAGAAGACUCUCAGCAGACACGUCAAGAGAUUUCACCCCGACCACCUCCAGGACUUUCUCACUCAGAAGAAGAAGAAGAGCGAAGGCUGGAAAUGUGACAUCUGUCACAAGUCCUUCAGUCGUCGCCCUCAUCUGGAGGAGCACAUGAUCUUACAUUCACAGGACAAGCCCUUCAAGUGUGCCUACUGUGAUGACUACUUUAAAUCACGAUUUGCUCGGUUGAAGCACCAAGAAAAAUUCCAUUUAGGACCCUUCCCUUGUGACAUCUGUGGUCGUCAGUUUAAUGACACGGGAAACCGCAAGCGGCACAUAGAGUGCACACACGGGGGCAAGAGGAAGUGGACCUGCUUUCUGUGCGGCAAAUCAGUUCGAGAGAGGACGACCCUCAGGGAGCAUCUGAGGAUCCAUAGCGGGGAGAAACCUCACCUGUGCAGCAUCUGCGGACAAAGUUUCCGUCACGGAAGCUCCUACAGGCUUCAUCUUCGCAUUCAUCAUGAGGACAAGCGCUAUGAAUGUGACGAAUGUGGCAAAACGUUCAUCCGCCAUGAUCAUCUAAAGAAACACAAAAAAAUUCACACAGGGGAGAGAGCACACCAGUGUGAGGAGUGUGGAAAGUGCUUCAGACGUGCUGAUCACCUGACUGUCCAUUAUAAAAGCAUUCACCUGGGAGAGAAGAUCUGGCGAAGGUAUAAAGCAGUGGUGCAUCAGUGUCAGGUGUGCAAGAAAGAGUUCAGGGGGAAGACCAACCUCAUGUCGCAUUUCAGAACACAUUCAGGUGAGAAACCCCACCGGUGUGUGAUCUGCAACCAGACCUUCCGCAUCAAGAAGACUUUGACCAAACACAUGGUCAUUCACUCAGACGUACGUCCUUUCAACUGCCCGCACUGCAGCGCUACCUUCAAGCGUAAGGACAAGCUGAAGUAUCACGUGGACCACGUGCACAGCGGCCGCCCGCUCGAGCAGCAACAGCCCAGCCAUCCUGCGGCCCCCGCUAGCAAACUCCCCGAGUCCAACGAAACGCCCAAACCGUACCACAACACACCUAAAACCGUGCUGCAGGGUGUGGCGGCUGACGUUUGCGUCCCUGUGAUGCUCGUCCCCGUCCAGAUGACAGAGGAAACCGAACUUGCUGUGCACAAGACGCCACACGGGGUCCUUCCAGCUGUGAGCCAGCAACAGCAGACGGGCUACCAGUCCGCCACUGACCUGGUGUUCUUAGAAAAGUACACCCUCACGCCUCAGCCGACCAACAUCGUGCACCCGGUGCGGCCCGAGCAGAUGCUGGACCCUCGAGAGCAGUCUUACCUGGGAACGCUACUGGGACUGGACUCGACUUCAUCUGUUCAAAACAUGUCUAAUGCUGCUGAACAUACUCAUUAAUUCAGAGCACAUCAGUGCUGUUCUGUACACGCAUGCAUCUGUGUUCUUCACACAAACUCAUUUUGCUAUUUAGUCUCUUUGUGCUGUUCUUAAAGGCAUAGUUGACUCUAAAAUGAUGCAUGUUGGUUCUACAGAAAUUUCCUUAAAUUGUUUUAUUCAAAGCAAAAAAGAAA